AAUGAAUACCUACCUAGUCCCGAUAAAAUGUUCAUAUACGUAGCGCGUUCUCAUGACUAUGUGGAAAAUAAACGCGAAUAAAUUGCCAGACAUCUAGCGCGAAUAUUGUUACACCGUAAUUUUGCAAAGGUGUCAUUAUUUUCGACUUCGGAAAGUUUCGAUUUGUUGUUCAUUGUGAGGAUUGUGUGUCGGUUACGAAUAGUGUUUGUGCCCGUUAAUAAAAGAAGUUUAGUUAGUGCGUGGGUGUCGCGGUUUAGGUUUGCACGGAGGCCCGAAAAGCAUAAUACUAAAUUAUGGAGAAAUUCCGGUUCCUACUUGGAUAGUAAGGGGUUCUCUUGGUGGCGGUGGUACGCCCACUACUUGUAAACAUCUACAUCAACGCAGCUGAUUUUUUACGUCGCACGUUUUGGUCACAACGGCGAAAAAAAAAACGCGUCAAAAAAUACGAGAGCGUACUACGGAAUCGACCAAACUUUCAUCAAGGAUAACCGGAUCCCCACACAUGAAAGAAAAGGAGGCGAGACAGCUGCAAUGCAAAAGGACUGGUUUUAGUCAUGGAUUACUGUGUUUUUGCGGCGCUCACGUUCUUGUUGACUGCCGUUUGCGCACAGGACAGUAGGUCGGAUUUGAACGAACACUGUUUGACUGUCGGAGAUUGUAAGAGCAUAGGUUACUUCUGCGCGAGGAAUAGGACAUGUCAGUGCAGACCGUCGUACAUUGCAAGCAGGAAUGGGGAUAAGUGUGUUGGAUAUGUAGGAGAGCGUUGUAAAUAUGACGAACACUGCAUAGAUGGCGCUUACUGCGACGGAAACGUCAGGUGCCAAUGCAAAGAGUUUUAUUAUCCCAGUGAAGAUGGGAGAACAUGCUCUAGUUCCGACACACAGACUCUAUACCAAAGACUUGCGAUACCGCUAGUGAUGUUUACGAUUUGUUCCAACAUGUACUUCAACACAUAAAGGUCAUCACCUACCGAGAAAUUGCAGUAAAAGUUUCGGCCAUGUUUUGUAUAUAGGAUUUAAAAUUUGUUGCCAUACCAUGUACCUUAGUGUUUCUUGUACUUAAUAAUCACCUAGAUUUAGUAUUUUCGAAUGUCAAUUAUUUAAUUCGCGUUGCCUAUUUAUACACAUCACGCAAUAUUUUUAAAAAUUCGAAAUUUAUUGCUGCACCGAACUUUUCUUACCACAAAAUUCAUCAACGGAGAUAUUGUUGAUUUUAUGAAAAUACCAAAUAAGACUGUUGGAUUUGACGUUUAAAAAUAUAUUCAAAAUCAAGAUUUAUUAAAAUAUUGCACAUUAUCGAUUUAUACAUCGAUGUAAACACCAUUUAUUAUUGUUAACCAUUAUACCAGUAGUUCAUAAAGUGAUAUGGGAUAGGAAUGACAUUCAUCCCAGUGCCGCGUGUCGCGCGAUCCACUAUUAUUUUCACCGCCAUACCAACUUCGUUAUUACCAAAAAUACGUAUUUUUUGUCGUAGAUUUUUUCGGCUUUUCUUGUUUUGUUUUUAAUUUAUUUUUGUACGCCAGAAUUAAAAAAAUGAAUAACCAAAGUUAUAAAA